AGCUGGUUUCCAUCAAAUAUUUCUCUCUGUCGUCUCUCUCUCUCUCUCUCACUGUAUGGGAAUCAUCAUGAUCUUUGUCGGUGGACUUCCUUUCCCUUCCGAAUCAUCUUCAUCGCCUCAGCCUCAGGGAUGGGACACCCUCCAAGCUUUGUUGGAUCACCCGUUUUUGGAAUCUGCCUCCAGUACGUUCAAGGCCAUCCCGGAGAGGAAGUUCUCGGUGCCCCAAGAAUCAGAAUCAGAGAGGAGAUGGGUUUAUCUCUUCCAAAGAGAAUAUGCAACUGUUGAUCCUGCAUAUGUCGAUUUUGUUGGCACUGAUGAAGCAACAACCUGUAUGGGUCUUGCCAUCCGUAACCCGGAAACUGGAAUGACGUCCGUUGCCCAUUUAGACUCUCCAAAAGUUGUGGAUAUGGGUCUCUCCCAGAUGGUGUCACUACUAGUUCAACCCAAUAAGGACGUGGAGUUGGAUGUGCAUCUAGUUGGUGGUUUUGAAGAUGUUUCACCUAAUCAUGGUAACUGUAAUACUAGAUCAGAAAAUCAGGCAAACUUGGAUGGUUAUUCCUUUCCUUUAGCUGCCAAAAUUGUUGAAACAUUAUGCAAGAGCCGGGAGAGAUUUCAUAUUCGAACUCUAUGCAUUCUUCGGCAUAACACCAGAAGGGAUCCCGAGGGAAAUGCAUACCCAAUUUUCAACGGGUUCAUGGUAAGCACUUCCACGGGAUCUAUUAUUCCUGCCAGCUUUGACGAAACCUCAAGAUGUCCUGCUGAAAUUGUCAGGAGAAUUAGAGUUUCUGCAUCUUAUGAGGACUCUAGAUGGAAAGGAAGGUUAUUGGAAACAUAUGAAACUCAAACUGAUCUUUUCAAAAUAGCUCCAUGCUGCUGGAGCCUAUAUCAGUUGCAUAUUGCGUUGUCCCUACAAAAUUAUUCAGAUUCGGAAAUCCUCCUUAUGUGUUCUACUUCACCCUCUGCUGAGGCACCGGAUUUUGUGAAAAAUCUUAGAAGGGUGUGGGACUACUUGAUUGAGUACCCAGAUUGGAGAGAAACCUUUCCUAUGGAGCAGCCACGCGUAUUUCAGAGGACUGCUGAGGGAGGCUGGAAAGCCAAAAGGUGCUGAUACAUUGAAGCUUGUUGGUUGUUACUCAACUUGACAACCAUUUCAGUUUCAGCUGCUUAAUUAAGUUCCAUUCCUCAUCUGGGUCUAUACGGACAGAAAUACAAAUUCUUUUACUCGUAACUGGCAAAUAAGACCCUUAUAAAAAAAAAAAACUGGCAAAUAAGCCCAUUUUUCAAUUGUGAAAAUAAAAUUAUAAAACGAGUUUUUAUCACCAAUGGUGUCUAAAUUCUUUUA